UCUCUGUAGAUUAUGGCCAAUUGUAGCAGUGCUUCUUGCUCCAAAAGAAUGUUUGUCUGGGAGGAACCGUAGGGCAUACAUUCUCCAACAGAGGGAGACUACAGGCAGCUGAGACAAGGAACAACAAAGUCCUUUCAACAUAAAAAAGGGGACUCUGUCUGAAGUGAGCCAUCUGUCAUCUGUUAAAAUCAUCUCUUGGGGGCCGACAUUUCCAUGGCUGUAAAUAUUGGCAGUGUUGCCCAAGCAGGCCUGCUUUCCCAGCAGUACCCACCGCCUCUGCUCCCUAAACCUGGAAAGGAAAAUGUCCGGCUGCAGAAAAUACUUAAGAAAACUGCCAAGAAAAAAGCUGCCUCACAGGCCUCGCAGACACCAGUCCCUUUCCGCUCAAGUCUCUCUCCCGUAAAUGAGGCCAGUCCUGACCUGGAGCACAGUGACCAUUCAACUCCACCCAAGACACCAGAGACACCUGUCUAUGGAGGUACAUUGCACCCACGUUUCAACGUCAAGCCACUGUAUCAACAUUCAGCAUCCCCUUACCCUCAUCAUCGAGGUUUCGCUUACAGCACACCAGCAAGGUUCUCUCCACAGCCCUAUGUUACUCCAGGCCUUACUGCACCGCAUCACAUGGCCCCACUAUUCUCUUAUACAACACCACCUCAUUCAGUUCCAUCCUAUGCUGCAACAUCUGUUACUGUUACAUCUGUAACAGCUGUAACUGCCAUGACUGAGAUAGUCAGACCUGUGGACUCAAAACUAGGUGCAGAAGUUCCUGCAGCAGUUCAACACACAAACAGCGUUGUGCUGGUGACCAGCUCAAGCCUUACACCAACUUUCAUUACCUCUACAGCUGCAAGUCCUCAACCAAAUGCUUUAGAUGGGAUAAAACCUUCAAAACCUAUGUUUGACGUUCCACAAAUUACAAAUUACACUUCAAAGACUGCAGGUUUAAAAACGUAUUAUUCAUCAUCACCAACACUAGACAGGAGUAAAACACCAGUAAAAAUACUUUCUGAGGUGAAGCGAGGGCCCACACCAACAUUUGAGGUGAGAAGGAUUGUGACACCAACAUCAGAGCUGAAGAGAGAUAAAACACCAACCAGAGAAAUCAGAAGUGGGACAACACCUACAUCUGAAAUCAAGAGGGGUCCAACACCUACCUCUGAAGUCAAGAGGGGUGCCACGCCAACCUCUGAAAUCAAAAGGGGUCUGACACCUACAUUUGAAAUCAAAAGGGGGACAACGCCUACAUAUGAAAUCAAAAGGGGGACAACACCUACAUAUGAAAUCAAAAGGGGUACGACACCUACGUCUGAAAUCAAAAGGGGUACAACACCUACGUCUGAAAUCAAAAGGGGUACGACGCCUACAUCUGAAAUCAAAAGGGGUACGACACCUACAUCUGAAAUCAAAAGGGGUACGACACCUACGUCUGAAAUCAAAAGGGGUACGACACCUACGUCUGAAAUCAAAAGGGGUACGACACCUACACCUGAAAUCAACAGAGGCACAACCCCAACACUGGAAAUUAAGAGAGGCACUACCCCAACAUCUGAAAUAAAAAGUGAUGCAUCAUUAUUAACUGACACAAAAAGAGGUAGAACGUUGACAAGAGCACGGACACCAACAUUAGAUUUUUCUCCAUCAAAAACUCCCACAGGACGCCCCAAGACUCCAUCAUAUCAUGUGUCACCUGCUAGGACAAAUAUCAUUGAAAUUUCAAGAGCUAAUCCACUUUUAUUUGCUGUUUCCCCUGUGCAUAUGGAGGGCAGAAGAUCCAAAACACCAACCUCAAGUUUACUGGGGUCAAGUGAUGAAAUUCCUAAAGAAAAAGAGAAACCAAAGGAAAAAAGUCUUUCAGAAGCUAUACAAAAUGGGGAGGUUCAAGUGAAACCAUCUGAGAUUUCAGUAGAUAAAAUGUCUUCUGAAAUCAUCAGAGAACGUGAAUUAUCCAAACCAAAGACCCUAACACAAGAUGCUCCAAAGUUUACAGAGAUCUCAGGAUCUCAAAGCACAAAAGCACCUGUACAUGAAAAUAAUAAAUCUGUAGCCCCUACAGCUGGGUAUCAGUCACCCAAAACAUCAGUUCAUGAGUUUUCGAAACCAGUAUCUUCACCAGGGCAACAGAGACCAAGAGUACCUCUAGGUGGUCAAAGACCUAGAACACCAACGUCAAAAAAAUCAAUAUAUUAUGGAUUAACCCCUGCUGAAUAUGUCGCCCAUGGGGGAAUACAAAGUUGUACACCUGCUUUUAGUAUGUCUAGAUCCCUAUCACCAUCCACUGUGGUAUCUAAAGCUCCAGAACAUGAAAAACAAGAACCUAUACAAAAAGCACAGAGUAAAGCAAAAGAACAAUCUACUUUGAAAGAGGCAGCUAGGCCUAAAGCAAUGUCUAAGGAGACAGAGGCAUCAAAAACACCUGUGGGUAAAGUACCAUCAUCCACAGAUAGUGCUCUUGACAAUGGAACCCCAGUUGCACCAUCUUCAGAAGUCUCAGAGCCAACACCACUAGUGCAGACAAAGCUAAAACCUGUGCAAGAGACAUCUAAGAUACUUACAUCAGAAGCAAAGGAAACAAAGGAAAAAGUUCCUGUAGUUACUAUUCCAACCAUUGUGGUGUCUAAAGUUGACACACCACCUGUAGAAUCACCAAAAGCAGUGACCACUGUUCCUGUGGCACAGAGAGUCAGGACUCCAACUUACAGCCCUCCUAAACCAAAAACACCACUACCUGACUCUGUGGUGGAAACUACUAAACCUGAAUCUAAGCCAACAGCACCAUCUGCAAAACCUACAACACCUGACCAAAAUGCAGACAUGGCUAAAAUCUCAAAGCCAACUCCAGCAGAAGCUGCGGUUACUACAACAAUAAACAAAGUGUCAAAGAAGCCAUCAGUACAGCAGAAGUCUUUGUUAGAGAGGAUUAAAGAGCAAAAAUCUUUAGUAACAAUGGCUUCUGACAAAACUGCAACAAAGAAGACAGAAGAUAAGCCUCUGGCCAAGCCAACAGAUGACCAGAAGGACAAAGCAAAAUCUGAGGAAGCAGAAGCUAAAGUGAGUACCCUACAGGAGACUAAGCCUGCAGUGAAAGAGAAGGCAGACAACGGUUCCCUCCCAACCGCAGAGCCUCCCCUGAAGGUGAUUCAGAAGCCAAAAGGUAUGAAGUCAAAGCUCAGUGGCUGGUCUCGUCUCAAGAAACACAUGGUGGUGGAGGUAGAGGAGCCAAAGUUUCCUGAGUGCAAGCCAGAGCUGAAAAAAGAUGCCCCUGAAGCCACUGCUCAGAUACCCAGUGAGCAGAAAAAACAGGACCAAGAGGCAGAUAAGAUAAGUGAAACAUCUCAGAGCCAAGAUGGUAAAGAGGGUGCCAGGGCUGUAAAAAUGUGGGAUGCUGUCCUCUUCCAAAUGUUUUCUACCAAAGAGAGUAUCAUGCAACAGAUCGAAGCCAGCAAAACUGAGGAGCAAAAGAAAGAAGAGGCUAUGCUGAAUAAACCACAAGAAAUUCCAACGUUUGCCCAUCGUCUUCCAGUUCUCCUUUACAGCCCCCGAUUUGAUGCCAGAAAACUGAGAGAGGCCGCAUCACGACCAGUGACAAAGAUUGCAACAGUAUUUGAGAUGGGUCUCAUAGGCCGCAAAAAUAAAGAUGAAGAGCCAAAAGACUUUAACAGAACAGCCAAAGGGUUCGCUACUAAAAAAACCACUGAUGUGUAGCUGAAGAGUAGAUGGUAAAUGGACAAGGAUGUUAUAUUUUUUCAGUAAUAGUGUACAGUUCUCUUUAUCUAGGUUCAGUUACCUUAAAGUUACUAAAUAGCAAAAUAAAUGUUAUUUGUAUGAAACACGCUGAGGAAUUUGAAUGAUGGGCAUGACAUUGUUUCACUUCACUGCCAGUCUCUCUGAUUUAUUGUAAGACAUAUUAGUUUAGCAGAGAGGAAUACAAGACGUGGGCCUUUCAGGUAGACAUCUCGUUCUGAUUAAAGAAUGCUUUGAUUACGCAUUCAUAUCUUCUUUAUUUUGUACCCACUGCCAGUGGGAACUGCUGUGACAGAAUUAUAAACCUACUUAUGCAGUGCUCUUAUGGCUCAAGCUAGCCAUAAGAAUCACACUCUAAAAUUCAUACCAUGUAAAUGGAAGAGAGGUUGAGAAUUUUUUUGCGGAAAUGCAUAAUGGAAGUGUUAAUCUAGUUUAAUGUUCAGGAUUCAACAUGGUGCUUAUGAAAGUGAAGGGCAUAUCAAAUGUGCCCUUUUCUUUUUCUUUUCUGUUUUUAUUUUUUGCUUUUUUAGACGAUGCCAGCAGGGGGUACUGAGGGACAAAACUCUGAUAGUGUGUUGAGUGAAGGAACAGGUUUGACAGGGUAAGCGAAAGUUGUAGGUGGGUAGAUGGGUGGGAUGGGGUGAUAUGGGAUGACUGUGAUAUAAAGUAGAUUUGAAAAUCAGAGAAAAAAAUCAGUAUGGAAGAAACAUGCACAGUAAGUACUCAGAGCUUCUGAAUCUCAUGUGAGAACACAGAUAUUGCACAAAUCUUGAUGACUGGAGCAUGUCUGUAUGAAGCUACAUGCCUGAAGUGUUGACAGGCAGCUUUCACUGCCUGAACUCUGAAGUGGAAUAUAAAAGCCAAAGCAUUCUGCUUAACUGGAAAAAUUAUGUGGGUGGUUGUAUAACAGAGCAGCAAAUACUGACUGUCAACUGUUGUGCAUGGCUAAAAUGUUUGGGCAAGAUGUUUCAGACUAAAGUUAUGUUAAAAUCUGAUAUUAAUUGUCUGUACCGUAUGUUUUAAGCUUAGCCUUUUUUUGCAUGUAUGUCAGCCUGGGUACACGUUCUCUGUAUGGGCAGUGAUGUGUAUAAUGCUUUGCAUAUAAUGUUUUAUAUUUAUUUUUUUAAUAAAAACGCUUGAUUUGGAAA